UCUCUCUCUUUCUUUCAGGUGGGUCAAAGAUGUAUUCAUUCUCAAGAGUUUGGGGAGCAGUAGCUCUAUUCCUGUGUCUUUUAUUUGUUGCAGAUUCACAAUUUCAGAUUACUGAUUUGGGUACUGGUGAAGUGGUUACAGAUGAUAUAUACAGAAUAAAUCAAGGAUAUCAGUUUAGAUUAAUAUGCUUUUACAAUGGUGAUCCUGGUGGCCAGGAUCCUAUAGGAGUAACAUGGGUUAGAAACCAAACUCAAGUUCCAAGUAUACUCGAUGUUAUAACAUCAAGUAUUGCAAAUACCAGUGAACUCAGGGAAGGUGUUUCUACAAGUGACUUUAGACAACUCUUCCAAUCAAGUAGCUCAAUCGCCUCUUUAAUGGCAAGUUAUACCAAUGGAUCUGAUCUCAUACUUCCAAAUUCUUCUAUUGGUGGGCAAUAUGCCUGUCAAGCUAAUGGCCAGAUGCAAAACCUCACUAUCAUUGUCUCAAGUCCUAGUGGAUCUUUUUCUGAGUUUUAUGUAAGGAUGACUGGUUUAAUUUCUAGUGCAAGCUCUGUGAAUGAUAAGGAUUUUGAUUUAGCAGUCUUUGAGUCAAGACUAUCUGUUGAUGCUGUUAUUGCUGGUUUAAAUGCAUCAGAUGAUCCAAUAAGGACUAUAUCUUGUUCCUUUGUUCCACUUACUGCUGAGCAUAUUGGUAAUCAAUCAUUGGAUCGUAUUGAGUGUAAUGUGAGAGAGUAUCCACCAAAUGAGCAGUUGAUAUUGAAUGUUUCACAAAGUAUUUUUCAAACCAUUGACCAGCUAGUUUCUGAGGAUUUUCAACAGCUUAACAUUUCAGAAUUUGGGUUCUGUAAUGAGAGCUAUACUACAUCAUCAGUGUAUGGUAAUCAUACCUGUUUGAAACUGGUUUAA